AUGUACCGUUGCAAGGCGCCUACGUGUUUUCAUCGAAGUCGUUCGCUGGGAGCUUAUGCCAACCAUUACAGGCUUCAUUCCAACGAGGCCAAUGUAACGUUCCCUUGCGCUGUUAAAAAUUGUGCUCGAAGGUUUCGAACAUAUAGUGCAUUCAAAUCGCAUGUUACAAGAGAUCAUGAAAAUGCAAGGCGAGAGGGAUCUAAUACUGUUAGCUCUGCGCCGAUACAAUGCCAAUGUAGUUUUUGCUCCAAGUUUCUACAAAGCAUAAAAGAUUUAAUUGCUCAUCAAAAAGAUCACAUUACCCAAGGUGUCGAGGUAACUUGCCCUUUUAACGGCUGUAACUCAAAAUUCAAAAUAAAAUCAUCAUUUACUUCUCAUCUAAGUAGGCGUCAUAAAAAUCCUGCCAACAGAGAGGUGUCUUCUGAGUUACUUGUACAUGUAAAUAGCCAAGCAACUAAUAACACUUCAAAUUUAAGCCAGUUUGAUGGUUUUGAUUCAGGAGAGACAUCCAACAAUGACAAUCUUGAAAAUGAUGAUACCCAAGAGGAUAUUAGUGAGUUAUUUGUUAAAAAUUUGGCAUUGUUUUACCUGAAACUAAAUGCCAAAUAUCAUGUGCCUGCUAGCACUAUCCAAAAGAUCAUCCAGGAAAUGCAGGCAAUGCAUAACAUGUCUCAAACUCACUUAAAACAUCAUAUAAAAACUAAAUUGGGAGAAAUGUCUGUUGGAAGUGCAGUAAUUGACCAAAUUGUAAAUGAAUUUUUGCCAAAUGAUAUAUUCAAUCUGGCCCAUGGGAAUAAAGGAGCACUAAGCACUGAGUAUAGGAGAAAACAGUUUUUUAGGAGUAAAUUCAGAUAUGUUGCCCCUGUUACAAUAUACUUAGGUUUUGAUAAAAAUCAUGUGAAAAGAUAUUUUGAGUAUGUACCAAUAAUUGAAACGAUACAGGAACUUCUAAAAGAUGCAGGUGUAAAGAAGCAAUUUGCAAAUCCUAUUUUAAAUUCAGAUGAUAUAUUAAGAGAUUUCAUGGAUGGUAGUGUGGCCAAAAGUAAUGUUCUUUUUGUUGAGCUAGGAAAUGCAAUAAAGCUCAUUCUCUACCAGGAUGCAUUUGAAGUUGUCAAUCCUCUGGGAUCAGCGAAAAAAAAGCAUAAAGUUUUAGCUGUUUAUGUAACAUUAGGAAACAUUUACCCUCAAAAUAGAUCACAAAUUGAUCAAAUGCAGCUUGUUCUCCUUGUAAGAGAAAGCGAUUUUAAGUUUUUUGGACAAGAUGCCGUGUUUCGCAUCCUGGUAAAUGAUCUGAAAAAAAUUGAAGAACAUGGUGUUCUUGUUGAGAAAGAAUACAUACGAGGAACUGUUACUAUGAUUCUUGGCGAUAAUUUAGGUAGUCAUUCUAUCGGGGGAUUUGUAGAAAACUUUAGCAGCUCUCCAUAUGUGUGCAGAUUUUGUCUUAUGGAAACUAAAAACAUUCAGCUUGGUGAUAUUUUUGACACUUUUUCUCAAAGGUCCCCUGAUAAUUACAAUGCCAACUUGCAAAAUGUAGAAAGUAAUCCAGACUUAGGUAACUAUAAGGGUAUCAAGUUUAAUUCAAUUUUCAAUGAAUUAAAAUAUUAUCACGUUUGUAAUCCAGGUUUACCACCUUGUUUAGGCCAUGAUCUGUUUGAAGGUGUUGUUAAUUAUGAUUUGGCCUUGUAUAUACACCAUUUUGUGAAAGUUAACAAGUGGUUUACAUAUGCCCAAUUCAAUCAUAUAGUGGCAAAGUUUAAGUAUAGUGGAAGUGAUGCCAAUAAUAAACCAAGUAUAAUUUCUGAACAAGGUAGUAAAUUAGGUGGUCAUGCUGUUCAGAACUGGUGUUUGCUAAAACUUUUACCACUUUAUAUUGGUCCAAGAGUUGCCAACACCUGUGAUCCUGUCUGGCAGUUAACUCUACUUCUAAGGGAAGUUGUUGAGCUUAUAUGUGCACCAGAAAUUAGUUUGGCACAAGUUGCACAUUUAAGAGUAAAAAUUGAAGAUAUUAGAGCAAAGAGUUUCACUCUUUCCUGA